UGUUACUUGUUCUCAACUUUCACCCAAUGCUCGCUAUUGAAUCUGCAGCCUUGAAUUUCUAUCAGCACAAAGUGCUGCUUGACUAAGCACCCAAAAGAUUAUCAUUAACUUGAACCUCGGCUGAUGGUGCUCAUCACUAGCCCAGCAUCGAGCCCCUUGACCAAGAAGCGUUGUAUCAGCGACGAUUCAUUAGCCACUUUACUGCCUCCUGCCCCGCCUGCGACCAACGAAGAAUCUAGAGCGGGCGCGGCACGUCCAUUGCCACCCGUGCACAGGUUGCCACUAGAACUGUUGUUUGAGAUAUUCACCUUAGCCAUCGAGCAGCCGUUCAACGUCUUUAUUGGCGGAGCAUGGACCCUAGGCAGAGUCUGUCGAAUCUGGCGUCAAGCUGCCUGGUCAUGUCCAGCGCUAUGGACGUCUUUCUGGGUGCCUCGUCUGUCAUUUUAUAAAGAGACGGCUAGCAUAGCGCUCUUAAGCAGCGUUCUUCAAAGGUCCGGUUGUGCCGGUCUGGCUUUUGCCGUGGAUUUUGAUUAUCUCUGCGGAAGCCACAAGCCGCUUGUUGAGUGUCUCUUGCCCCAUAUUUCCCGGUGGAAAAGUGCCAGUUUUAUCCAUGCCAAACCCGACGCCAUAGUAUCUUCUUUCUCCGAGCUUGUUCGUCCGCAGCCAUUCCAGUUGAUUUCGUUGAGCCUGGGCUUUACGGGGCCGAUGUAUAGCAACUCUACCAUUACAGAAGCGUGUAAUGUGUUUAGGGAGGCGCCUCGGCUGAGGACCUUGCGAUUGUCCGUCCCACAUCAAAUCUUCUGGCCGGUCAGUAUUCAGCUGCCUUGGGCCCAGUUGACUCAUUUAGUCCUGGACCUGCGAAAGUCCGGGACCGUCGACAAGUGCAUAGACGCAUUGGCACUUUGUCGAAGGAUUGAAGUAUUCGAGGACCAGACUACGGACAUGGUUUGGAAUAACGUGAAUACUAGUAUCGUGACUCUUCCUACCAUGCGUUCCCUUCAUCUGCGAAAUUCCUGCAUCAUCAAGUAUCUGACUUGUCCGUCACUUGACGCUCUCACUCUUCCUUCCUAUGUCUUCAAUGUAAACACCAGCAUGGCAUUGAAGAUGAUGCAACAGCGAUCCCGUUUCCAGGUGCAAAAGUUUUGUUUAAUCCUAACGCAGGAUCCAAGGUUUAGGUGGCCUAUAUCCCGUGUCUUACCUAUCCCGGUCUUUUCUGAGACCGAGGAGCUCGUGAUCGACCUACGAUAUCUUAAAAGCUGGGACAAUUUGAACCAGCUUUUUGAACAUAUCGCGUUCGAUGGUUUCCCAAAGAUGAGGUCUUUGACGAUCAAGACCCAAUGGGUUUUUAUUGCAGAGGAAUCUUGCAUCGCCUGCGACUCCGCUUUGGUAGAUUUAAUCGAGUAUCGCUGGCAGGCGGUCGAGCCGAGACUGCGAACUCUCCGCAUUGAAGGUGAAAAUGUUGCUAGAGGUCUCUAAUGCCCGACCGGAUUGGAAAGACGCAAUUAUGUAUAAUAUUCAGCGUCUGACUGCGUUCAAGGGAGAGGGUCUAGACAUAGAAGUGUAUGAUCUGAAUGGUGAGCGAUAGGUCGUUAUGUCUGAACGUAAAGACUGAAAGAGCGGGGUAGCGCAUAGGAGAUUCCUCUGAAGGGUGACAGGGACGCGUGUCGCCAGAGAUGAUGACGAUGGUUAUCGUGAACUAAAACAUGGCAUCCAUUAGAUAAUUAUCCAUUAUCAUGAAGCUGAAUUCAUACUAGAAAAAAAACAUUGUCAUCAC